GUUUUAUCUUUGCGUCUCGCGUCGUCGUCGUGCGGGUGCGCUGCGCCCAAAUUCGAGCUCGACUCGGAGCGCUGUGGCUGCCCGGCCGCCAUUCCGGCACCAAGUCGCACGCGCAGUGCGCACGAAGGUUCCACAUAAACAUUCUUGCGCCUCACUGACGCCUCGACAGCACAAGCUAUCUGCACAAGCUUUGGGGCAGCCUGUACCACAAAACAAUUGCCCACACAGUGAGAAAUGGGCCAAGCCGCCUCCUCCGGGACGAAGACGCUCCCGACGGCGAAUGAUGUCAGGGCGCUGCUCUUCGGCGGCAAAGACAAGGCGCUCCAGCGCCAGCGCACGCUCAUCACUCCUACCACACAAACAUCCGACCUGAUCUUCGACGGCACGGUCCAGCAGCUCCAGGGCGAACUCGCGCUGACCUACAAGGUCGGGAAGGAGCUGUCCCAGCGACCACCUACGUUAAUAAAGAGACGGAAGCAGCUCGCGAUGGACGACGACGCCGAGGAAUUGCUGGUUGUGGCGGCGACCUGCUCCUUAGGUGAUGAUAAACUGAAAGUCUUGGAGGACGAGCCCAUGUGCGCCUGCAUCGACGUCUUCGACGACGACGUGCGCAUCCAUUUCGUCUCUCCCACGAAUCCCGAGCUCGGCGGCGUUGUCUUGAUUGCGACGCGCGACGCGAGAGGAGCCAUCUCGUUGCGGGGCGGCGACGAGUACUGGUGGGACGGCUACCCGCCGAUCAUCCACGCGCGCGAGAAGGGUGCUGCGUCGAAGGCGCCGCCGCGGCCGGCGUUCGCGGGGAGCUUCUUCGAGAAGGACGUGGCCGUGCGGGGCCUGCAGGGGGGCGCGUAAGAAUGAACUGCGG